AUGCAGAAUUCGAUCAACAACAUGCGCGACCUGACCGGUGGCAACUCGCAGGACGCUAGCAGUGGUGGCGCUGUUCAGUAUGUCAACCGGAAGCUGAGUCCGUACAAUUCUCCUUCAGCGUCGUCCUUUGCGGUCUCGACUUCUGUGUUGUCGAGGUUCUCCAGUCUACCACAGAUCGACUUAGUCGACCCCGGGGCACAAAGUCUCAUCGCGACAUCAGUCCGGAACGCGUCCACUCUUGUUUCAGAUGGUGGUGUCGCUAUUGUCACUUCGGAUUCAACAGACGUUUUGCAAGCUGGCAUACCCAUAUACGUGAACACUAUUGGCAUUGCCACCGCUGAUGCGUUUAUGACAAUAUUUCUGGUUGCUCUUAUAUAUGCGGCUAUCGUAUCUGCAAUACUAGGUUUGGGAUACCUCUUAUACUUCUACGCAAGCCGUAGGAUCUGGGGCAAAAGAUAUAUCGGCUAUCUGCCGGGGUUGCAGUUUGGUUAUCUGCCAUUCGCGCGUGCGUGGGGCCUUCGGGCUGCGCUCAUAACUAUCCUGCCUAUCACCGUCUUUGCCUUUUAUCAGUGGACGCUCAAAGAUUCGUGGCUUUCUGUCCUAUUAUCCGUGAUUACGCUCGUGAUUCUCAUGGCGUUGGUUUUCCCUUCGCUGUGGCUAGUCCUCCGCGGUGUACUACGUCGUUCAAACGAGGCCAUCCCAUCAUCAUUGUCUUUGACACCUCUCGUCUCACCUUUCCGUCAGGAGCGUAUCUAUUACAUCGUCGUUCUCCUCCUCGCCGUCAUUGCCAAAUCGAUGAUUACAGCAUUCGGACACGCACACGGUCUUGUCCAAUCCAUUCUUUGUCUCAUCGUGGAAAUUGUACUGCUAGUCUCGCUGAUUAUCCUCAAACCCUACCGGACACGCCAUGCCGAUAUCCUCCAGGGCUUCCUCGCUAUCGUGCGUGUGGUUUGUUCAGGGCUCUUCAUUGCAUUUGCGGAAAGUUUGGCUUUAAUGGCCAUCCCGCGCACGGCCAUUGGCAUUGUCGCUGCGGUCAUAUUCUCGAUCGCCGUCCUCGUGAUGUUUUUCAACAUUCUUGUCAAUCUUGGCCUCUGGCGCCUCGUCACAGACGUGCUGUGCUGCGGAAAGAGACGCAGGAAAGGUGACAGAGCCUUGACAAGCAAAGACAGCAAUUUCAUGUUCGGAAAGGAGGACGCUGAGAAGGGUCAGGACUCGAGUGGGACUACACCGGGUUCAUCUCAAUUCUUUCUUAUCCGCCCUGGAAACCCUACUCCGCCGGCCACAGACGUUGGCGCCUUGACGCCCGUUAGUGCCAACAGCGAACAGCCAAGCAUGUUUUCGAGUGCGACUACGACGUCGACACUUGGUGAGACGCUCCCACGGAGAUGGUCAUUCCAACAUUCACGGCCACCAUCAUCGUCGGAGUUGUCCCCCACAACAGGCGGGUCUUUCGUGACACCCUCACCAUCGUCGCCCUCGUCCCGGCUACCGUCGCAAAGACAUAGUCGACAUCCAUCUUCGUCAGCGCCUGCGCCAAUAGUGGAGCAUCAAUUUUCAGAAGAGAAUGCAUCGUAG